AUGACUCGCGGUGGCCCACCGAUGUAUCGAGCAAGUGCUGCCAUCCUUCCAGACAAGUCUGGUAACAAUUUACCGACCCCGGAGGGAUCUAAGGCUUGACGUACGAACGAAAAUACGAGAAUCACUGCUCCAAGUGCUCUGUCCUCGUACGAAGGUUUAUUUUCCCAUUUCCUCAAGGCAAAUGUACACGACGAAAUCAUUGCGUCGCUCUCAGUGGAGAAAGCAGCUGCUGGAGACGCCUUAGAGAUUGCAAAAUUCCUAGCUGUAUUGCUCAAUGAAUUCCGCAUCUCAAAGCCAGAUGUUAUCACCGAAAGUGUUGCCGUCAUGCAGAGAGAUGGUCACGAUGUUCCACUGAAAGAAAUUUUGAACGCAUUUGAUGGAGAUCAAAGUGCCUGGUGGUCAGUGAUGAUUAAACGUUCUGAUGCCAAUGUCACACUGGCCAAUUCACAGUAUGCUACACCACGAUGGUCCAGUUUAUCAGUGGAAGAAUUUUCGGGAAUGUCAGUUGGUCAACCAUCAUUUGCCACUCCAUGUGGUCCAAACCGACGGCGUUUUAGUAGCGUUAACUCGGAUUUCCACAUGGUUGCACGUUGUGGUGGUAGUCCACUUAUGGACACAAUUAACUCUCCGAAAGUUAGAGAAUUACGACGCGAACGCGAAAUCAAAGCUUUGAGAAGACAGCUAAAUGAGAUUGAGGAUCAAUUGAUGAACUCCGAAUCGCAAGUUUCAGAGUCAACGACUAAAAUUGAGUCGCUGAUUGGGGAAAUAGCAAAGAAGAACGAACGUAUCCGUAGUUUGGAAUCGAGUGGAAAAUUGUCACAAAGAUCUCAAGAAGAAUUGGAAGCUAAAGUUGUGGUAUUAACUAAGCAACUGGAAGGAUACAAACGGCAGUGUGAUAGUCAGAAAGAGAGGUUGGCAGCUUAUAAGGUGAAUGUGGAGGAAUUGGAAGAAAAGCAAAUGAAUUUGGUUGAACAACUGGAAACUAAAGGUGGUUCUAUGGCUGCCUUAGAAAGAGAGUUGCAUGACGUUAAAGAUGAGGCAGUAAAAUGUCUACAGCAAGUGAGAAUCUUAGACAAUGAACGUAACACUCUUAUAAGACUACUGGAGGAGGAAAGGCGAGCUGCGAAAUCAGAAAGGGAGCAGUAUCAAGGAGCCAUUUCUGAUUGGCGGAAACGACUAGAGACAGAAACUGCGAACGCCAUGUCUCUCUACACAAAUGAAAUGGAAAAAAACGCUUUGCUUCAGCAAGAGAUUCGGGAAAAGACUGAGAAAUUAAAGAACACUCGAGUUUUAUACGAAUCUGACAAACGUUCUUGUGAAAACGCCAUUGAAGAAUUAAAAAGGCGCUUACAAGGCAAACACGACGCCGCAGUGAAAAGUCUUGCUCAAGCAAAGGCGAAGCUUUGUCGUCAGGAGGCACGCCAUAAAAAAUUUGUUUCUGAACACGAAGCGGUCGUGCAACAGCUUGAAAGUGUCCAUUUGGCGGAAAUUAUCCAACGUGACGCAAAGAUAAGUGCUGCUUGUAUUCGUAUAGGAGAGUUGGAGGCCAUUGUGGUUGACCGGGAGCGCACUAUACUGGAACAGCGAAAGGAUCUAGCUAACAUAACAACGGAAAGGAACGCGACUGAUUCGAAAUUAGCCAGUGUACAAAUUGUUCUUGAGAGGAAGGAUGAUCAGCUUAAUGAGGCCACUAUCAUGAUCGAAAAGCUCAAGGAAGAAAUGGGAUCCAUUACGUCGAAAUACAACGACACAAACCGCUCUUUGGAAAUUGUGCAAGCCGAAUGUUUAGAGCUACGGUCUAGUGUUAACCAAAAGGACGUGGAAAUUUCUGAACAUGUUAAAGAUUUGAAAUCAUUAGCGGAAGAGCAUAGCAAAGCAUUGGACGAGCUUAAACAGACGAAACAAUACCUUGAGGAAGAGCGGAAACUGCUUAAAUGUCAAGAUUCUGAAGUGAGAGCCGUAAUUGAGGAUUUAAAGGAAAAGUUAAUGGCAUUGGAAGACAGGAUUCGACAUCAUGCAGAUGCUUUGUCACUGUUGGAAGAGAGAAGCAAAUCAAUUCGUUGUGUUGAACAAACCAAUGAAGAGCUUUUCGAUGGAGCAUGUGGACAACUGCAUAGAAAAAUUACGGUGAAAGGAAAAGAUCUGCUUGGUUUGCUGAUGAGGUUCGAAAUUCUGGAGACCGCCAUCUUGCUCGUCUUAGAAAAGAAUAAUAAGCUUGAGUUGGAAAUUGCAAGUUUGAAAGAAGAAAGUGUUGUUUGGCGUAAAUAUUUGUACACGUCAAACUUCAACGAGAUUUCUUGUCAGACUGAAUUACAUGAAACGACGAAAUCAUUGCUGAAGAACGAUACAUCAAUAAAUAAUGAUUCGUACACGGUGCUGUUAGAGAUUUUAGAACUUCUUAAAAUUGAAGAAGAACUACCAUUUUGUGCGAUGGAAACUUCACAUAGAGAAUCGAAGGGAAUAGAGGACAAAAGUGCUAUCAACUGCGUGUCAUCUUCUGUUUCCAACGGUUUACAGCUGCGGCAUCAAAAUGACCCUUUGAACAUUGCCUCGAGAAGCAAUAGCGUUGCAAACUCAGCACACAGCGGUGUUCGUAGCAGCGCCUCUAUACCGAAGUCAAACAGCUCGAAGCUUCCAUCAGUGAAGUCUUGUAAGUAA